CAGAGAGAUAUUAGCGCGCGCGCGCGGGGAAACCCGACAUUUGGCCGUGCAAGAUGAGUAAACGUACAUGUAUGGACGUACGUCCUUUGCGCCGGGGGCGGCGGGCGGGCAGUCGUUGCGUCACAUUGCCUUUACUCCGCGUCAAAUAUUAGCCGCAUGUAAUCGCAAAGGGCGUCAACAACCAUCUUGAUAUUAUAAAUCGCAGGAAACCGCCUCACAUUCAUCUACAGAAAAGCCAAAGACAAGAAGAAAUCAUGACGACCUUUGAAGGCUUCUCCCCCUUCACAGUAACAACCCAAACCUCCCCCGACGUCGUAAUCCACGGCAUCAAAAGCGGCGACGCCUCUUCCUCCCUCCCACCGUUACUCCUCCUCCACGGCUUCCCACAAAGCCACCACAUCUGGCACAGCGUCGCAACCGCCGUAAAGGACAGGUACACCGUCAUAGCAAUCGACAUCCGCGGCUACGGCAACAGCUCGAAACCAGAUGGCGUAGCCUCUUACGCCAAAUCUGCCAUGGCUCGAGACUGCAUCGCCGUCAUGGACUCCCUCGGCUACAGCAACAACACUCCAUUCUUCGUCUGCGCCCACGACCGCGGCGCAAGGGUCGCGCACAAGUUAUGCGUAGACAACCCGACCCGCAUCAAAAAGGCACUCUUCCUAGACAUAUGCCCCACGCUCGUAAUGUACAAGACCACGAACCUCGACUUUGCAAAAGCCUACUUCCACUGGUUCUUCCUGAUUCAGCCCGCCCCGCUCCCGGAAACACUCAUCAACGCCGCGCCCCGCCGGUUCCUGGAACUCUUCAUGGGCGGACGGCAACUCAGCAAGGGCCUAGAGAUUUUCAGAGAGGCGGAUUUCGAGUUCUAUGCGCAGGUCAUGGGGCAGCCGGAGGCCGUGAGUGCCAUGUGUAACGACUACCGCGCGAGCGCGACGCUGGAUCUGGAGGAGGCGGAGGAGGAUUUGAAAGAAGGGAGGGUGUUGAGGACGCCGCUUGUUGUGCUUUGGGGGAAGCACGGGGUUAUUGAAAAGUGUUUUGAUGCGGUGGGGGAGUGGAGGAAGGUGGCUGGGGAGGGGGUUGAGGUCGAGGGACAGAGUGUUGAUAGUGGGCAUUAUAUUCCGGAGCAGGCGCCUGAGGAGGUUGUCAAGGCGAUUGAGGAGUUUUUUGUGUGAGUUUGUAGAUGUCCUUGAGGUUGGCAGGAAGGUCUUGUUGACGUGAGAUGGGCUCUGUGGAUUGGGGCAAAGGAAGAAUGAACAUGUUUUAGCCUUCAAUUUGGCGUUCACAGUAAUAUAGCAAGCAUGAUGAACCCACGUGGUGAUGAAGGUUACUCGCGAUAUGAUCAUUAUUCUUAGUGAAAGUGGCAAUAGUGAUGAUAGUAGCGGUAAGCCUGGCUGGCAGUGGCACACCAUCCUAUGCC